AUGUCCUCUACCACGUCCUCCUCGCAAGUCCCACUGCCAGACCGCUUGAAUCAGUUGAAAAUUCAGGACUCAGACGAAAACGAGAUCGACCGACCCAGCGGAACAUCCACACCUGGUGCAGAGGUCGGAGUGGUAUUGGGCAGAUCAACUUAUCCGAAAGGUAUGAAUCCCAAACUCAGGUAUAUAAAACCUUACUGGUGGCCUUAUAAGACUCAUGUCAAGCAGAGAUGGAUAGGUAGACAGAUAUUGGAAGUCAUAACGACAGAAUUUAGAGAUAGGUCGAUGGAAUACUAUAGACAUGCACUAGAAUCUGGAGUGACGAGAGUGAACGGUGUGACUGCUCGACCGGAUUUGGUCCUGAGAGAUGGAGAUAGGAUAGACAAUACAGUCCACCGACAUGAACCACCAAUAACGAACGAUCCGAUCUUGGUGUUGCAUAUAGAUAGGAAGAAAGAAUUCGUGGUAAUUUCCAAACCUGGUAGUGCACCAGUACAUGCCACCGGAAGGUAUUUCAGACAUUCGGUAUUGGAGAUGAUGGAAUCCGACUAUGGGAUAAAAUGUUACUCUGUCAAUAGACUGGAUCGUCUCACAUCUGGAUUGAUGAUACUCGCUCUAAGUGGAAAAGCAGCUAGUAGAUUGGCAACUGAAUUUGCGCAAGGUAAAGUCGAGAAAGAAUACGUAGCGAGGGUAAAAGGGAAAUUCCCAGGGGAGGAAAUAACGGUAGAUCAACCUCUCUUAACGGUAGAUAGGCAGAUGGGUCUAGUCAUAAUAACGCCAGAAGGAAAGGAUGCGGUGACGAUAUUCAAGCGCAUAUCGUAUGAUGCUGAAAGGGAUCAGAGCGUUGUGAGAUGUCGCCCGCAGACUGGUAGAACACAUCAGAUACGAGUCCACCUCCAAUACUUAGGCCACCCAAUAGCCAACGACCCAUUAUAUUCCACGACGGAAGUAUGGGGUCAGAAUCUGGGUAAAGGCGGGGUUGAUCUCACUCCCGCUGCAGCCGGAACAUCGAGGAUGGCGGCAUUGCAAGCGCGAGUGGGCUCCGCAGCACCGAUCAAGAAAACUGUAGACAGGGAUCACGAUGAUAUAGAUCUGACAUCGCCGAUACUGCUGAGUGAGCAGGCGAGGAGUAUAAUUUCGAAAUUGAGGAGACAAAAAGAUGAAGCGGAAGAUUGGAUCAAGUGGAAAGAGGUUAUCUUUACUGCCAAACAGGCUCAAGACGAAUUAGAAGGCCCUCAAACACAAUCUAACUCCACGUCAACAUCUUCGACCGAUCCUUCCGAGGGGGAAAUACAGUCUUCAGAUCCACAUGCACCUUCACCACUCAAAGCACCAGCGUACCUCCCACCUGGGUUUUGUGGGGAAUGUUUCGUUCCCUUACCCGAUGAUCCGGAUCCCGAAACGCUUUUCAUCUAUCUACAUGCUUUGAGAUAUACUACACCUGACUUGGGCACUUGGGAGACGCCUUUGCCAAGAUGGGCGGGGGAGAAUUGGGAUGGGGAUUGGAGAGGGUGGUGUGAUGGGGCGGUUAUCAGGGAUGUACUAAAGGAGGAUAUGGAAAGGCAAAGGCAGGAAGAGCGAGGGAAAGGGACUUUAGAUUGA